AUGGCGGAGUCCGCACACCGCGGUGCGCUCCGGUAUUGCCCCGGCGGAACAAGCGCGGCAGUCGGCUGCACGUCGAACUGUGCUACAGGGCUCCCGCUUCGGGCCGCCACAGGACAGGGCAGCCAUGCGGUGCCGCCGCGGUCCCCGAUCCCACCGGCGGGGCAGACUGAACCUCCCCUCGCUGCUCAAGGAACCGCAGAAGCCCUCGGGAGCAGCCGCUGCUCUGAGCACCCCGGGGAGGGGGCAGCCCCACCGCGGUCCGUGGAGCCCCACGGCGGCCGCCGCCGCCGCCCUAAGCGCAGCUCCGCACGCGCAGGCAGCGGGUCCCGCGGCUCCUCAAGCCGCCUCAGCGCAGGGACCUUCCCCGCAACUUUCCCCGCGGUCACCCCCGCUGCGCUGCCAACCCAGGCGGCCCCGUUCGCCGCACCCUCCCAAAACACGAGAGAAAAACCAAACAAAAGCCCCCUCCGACCCUUCCCACCCGGCCUUUCUCUUCCUACCUGCCCGCUUCCCGACGACCCCGCGCCGACCGCUCCGCGCCGACCGCUGCCCGCACCGCCCAGGUGGCGUUAG